AUGUUCAACUUUAGAUAUGUGAACAAGAAGUUUAGCAAUCAAUACAAGGCAACAGUAGGAGUCGAUUUCUUGACAAAAGAAGUGGAAUUUGAGGAUAAGCUCUUCACUCUACAGUGCAAAAAUGAGGAAGAAGUUGUUGCUGUGAUUGCUCAUGAACCUGGUCACUGGAAACUGAAUCACACAAUGUACUUCUUCAUUGCUAUUCAGUUAGUUUUGGAUUUGAUACUCAACCAGUUCUCAUUGGACUCAUAUUAUUCCAGUUGGGCAAGAUUGAAGUUCUCAGGGAUCAUAGAGUUGAUGAUAUCAAAUUCAAUAUUUUUGGCAUUCCCACUUAUUUUGCUAACCAGCGUGAGGUUGAUACUCAUGUAUCAGAUCAUUAAUGCAAUCAUGAGUGGGAGAGAUGUUCUUGUGAUCAUGGUUGCUGGUGGAGGCAAAAGUCUAUGCUAUCAACUUCCAUCUGGUUUACAUCAUGGAAUUGCUCUUGUUGUUAGUCCUUUACUUUCUCUUAUUUAG